ACAGAGCGAGCCGGGGCUGUUCACGUCACGCAGAGCGAGGGCCGCAGCCCGGCCGGAGCAGGCGGAAGUGCACCGUUCGUGGUUUUAUGGAGGUCGCGCGUUGUUUGUCGCUUAUAUAACAUAUAUCCUACGACGUUACGCCGGCUGUGGGAGGCUUGCGCUGCCUGGUGAAGUGGCCCUUGGCUGGGUAUCAGAAAAGGGAAGUGAAGCUCGAAGCUCCGCCCUGCGCUGGUGCGUGGGCAUUCCGACCCCGCAGGUUCUCCCCUGAAGACCACCAACACCAUUUCACGCAGCGUCCACGGAGCCCCGCUCGUCACGUCAGGCAUCCCCAUGGAGGACAACCUGUGUGAAGCAUUGAAGAAGCUGAAGGUGACGUUAGCUGAUGGCACCGGAGACAGCGUGGAGGGCUGCCUGGACUGCCUGCUCAAAGCACUGGCCCACAAUAAUGCAGAGGCCAGUGAGAAGGUCCAGAAGAUGGGUGUUCUCUUGCUGCUCCCCCCACUGCUGGACCCCAGGUCUUCCUGUGCCCCCAAAGUUGCCAACAUCAUAGCUGAAGUUGCCAAGAAUGAGUUCAUGCGAGGCCCUUGUGUAGAGGCCGGCCUGGUGCCCCCGCUGGUGCAGCUGCUGCACUGCAAGGACCAGGAGGUGCUCCUCCAGACCGGUCGUGCCCUGGGCAACAUCUGCUAUGAUAGCCAUGAGGGCAGGAGUGCUGUUGACCAGGCGGGCGGUGCACACAUAGUAGCUGAACACUUAAAGUCUCGCUCCCAAAAUACUGAUGCGGCCAAUGGGAAGCUGUUGACUGUCUUUUGUGGCAUGCUGAUGAACUAUAGCAAUGAUAAUGACUCCCUGCAGGCACAGCUCAUCAACAUGGGUGUGGUCCCCACCCUGGUCAAGUUGCUAGCCAUCCACUCCCAGAAUGCAGCCCUCACAGAGAUGUGUCUGGUAGCCUUUGGGAAUCUGGCUGAGCUGGAAUCCAGCAAGGAGCAGUUUGCUGCCACAAACGUGGCCGAGGAGCUGGUCAGGCUCUUCCGGAAGCAAGAGGAGCAUGAGAAGAAGGAGAUGAUCUUUGAGGUUCUGGCUCCGCUGGCUGAAAACGACGUGAUCAAGCUGCAGCUGGUGGAGGCAGGGCUUGUAGAGUGCCUGCUGGAGGUCGUUGAUCAGACAGUAGAUGGAGAGCGUGAAGAGGAUGUGGCCCAGCUCAAGACUGCAUCAGACCUUAUGGUCCUCCUACUGCUGGGAGAUGAGUCCAUGCAGAAGCUGUUCGAAGGAGGGAAGGGCAGUGUCUUCCAGAGGGUUCUGUCCUGGGUGCCAUCCCAUAACCACCAGCUGCAGCUGGCUGGGGCACUGGCUGUCGCCAACUUCGCCCGCAAUGAUGGAAACUGCAUCCAUAUGGUGGACACAGGCAUUGUGCAGAAGCUGCUGGAGCUACUGGAGCGGCAUGUGGAGGAGGGAAACGUCACAGUGCAGCAUGCAGCACUCAGUGCUCUCAGGAACCUGGCUAUCCCUGUGGUGAACAAGUCCAAAAUGUUGGCAAUGGGUGUGGCAGACGUUGUGCUCAAGUUUCUUCCGUCAGAAAUGCCACCUGUGCAGUUCAAGCUCUUGGGGACACUGCGGAUGCUCAUUGACACACAAGUGGAUGCGGCUGAACAGCUGGGCACCAACCCCACGCUGGUGGAGCGGCUCGUGGAGUGGUGUGACGCUAAAGAGCAUGCAGGUGUCAUGGGCGAGUCUAACAGGCUGCUGUCAGCCCUCAUCCGACAUAGCAGGUCAAAGGAUGUUGUAAGGACGGUCAUCCAGGGAGGUGGGGUGAAAUAUUUGGUAUCCAUGGCAACCAGUGAGCACGUGAUCAUGCAGAAUGAGGCGCUCGUUGCGCUAGGACUCAUGGCAGCUCUGGAUCUGGCCUUGGCAGAGAAGGACUUCCUGAAUGCCAGCCUGGUGCAGGUGCUCCACAAGCUGCUCUCAGAAGAGACCAGUGCCCCUGAAAUAAAAUACAACUCCAUGAUCCUCGUUUGUGCCAUCAUGGGCUCUGAGCCACUCCACAAACAAGUGCAGGACCUUGCUUUCCUGGACCUGGUGUCCCGGCUGCGGUCACACGAGAACAAGACAGUGUCCCACCAAGCCUCGCUGACGGAGCAAAGGUUAACAGUGCAAAGCUAAAGGACUCUGAACUCCUCCCAUUUCCUGGCCCUACCCACUGCCUCACUCAAUGUCCUUUGAUAAUGCCCCCAAGGCAUCCUGUCAUGCUAGCAAGCCCUGCCCCCUACCUCUUCCUUUCUAAUUCUCAUGCUUGCAUGCACAGCUCUGUGCUAUCUCCCACAGGGAUCGUAGGUAUCCCUUUGCAAUAGAGAACCAAAUGAGAACAGAACAAAAUUAAGACCACAGCUGUGAUGCCAGUCCGUCGUUAUAAAUUGCGGGGAAAAAAGGAGGAUGGGGGAGUCCUUCACACAUCCACGAUCCGUCUAAUGUGUGUCGUGUUGCUUGAGUACUGGCAUAGUUGAGACAUGCAUGUCGUCCAGUCAGUGGUGUAACCAUUCCUUCAUCCUACGUGUCCAUCUGGUUCUGCUCACCUCUUUGUGUUUCCAUUCGAUGACUAAGAAUUUCACAACAGUGCAGGAGUGGGGGGAUGGGAGGGGUCAUACUGUGGGUGAAGGCUACAUCUUCCAUCACCACUGCGCACCAGUGUCUUUCCAGGAAGACAGCCAGGUCAGUCACAGCCUUCUCACUGGUGUCACAUGCUAAAUGGUUAAAAGACAGAGUACCGUGGUAAGCACGGUUUUCAAAGUUAUUCAAUAAAGACUGGUGGUCCACUCUCACUCUCAUUGUGGAUCUGUAUGUUGUGUACCAUGUCAGAUCACUUUCGGGGUGCACGUAGACCCAUGGAGACAUUGGACUGUUACAAUAUAUGAGUAUAUUGGAGCAAAAAGUGCCAUAUCAUUUGUUCAUAAUCCCCUCUGGUAUCAUCCCCUCAAAUACUGUGACCAUGUACAUAUUACCCAGUGGUACAGCUUGUUGCUAGACAGGCAUUUUGCAUGUUUAAUUUACUCAUUUUCAUUAAGGGCAUCUUGAUAGGUGUGUAUUGUGGAGUGCUGGUGAACUUCAUGAUGAACACCUACAGGUUAACCAUCUUCAGAAGUCCUGAUCUGUCUUAUUUAUUGUAAUUUAUUAGAUUUGUACCCUGGUCAAUUGUCACAAGGCCAUCAGGAAACAAACCACCAUUACUUCCUACAAUAUAUAAGCGUUAAUAUUUGUUGUAAAUGUCUGUUGCUGAAUUGUAAAUUUCAAGGAUUGAAUUGGAAAAUUAAACCUGAAAUGCU